AGGAGAACUAUGCCAUUUUUGGGUCAGGACUGGAGAUCUCCUGGAUGGAGUUGGAUUAAGACAGAAGAUGGCUGGAAGAGAUGUGAAUCCUGUAGUCAGAAACUUGAAAGAGAGAAUAACCAUUGUAACAUCAGUCACAGCAUUAUCUUAAAUAGUGAAGAUGGAGAAAUAUUCAAUAAUGAAGAGCAUGAAUAUGCAUCCAAAAAAAGGAAAAAGGACCAUUUUAGAAAUGACACAAAUACUCAAAGUUUUUAUCGUGAAAAAUGGAUCUACGUCCAUAAAGAAAGCACAAAAGAAAGGCAUGGCUAUUGCACCUUGGGAGAGGCCUUUAAUCGGUUAGACUUCUCAAGUGCAAUUCAAGAUAUCAGAAGGUUUAAUUAUGUGGUCAAACUAUUGCAGCUAAUUGCAAAAUCCCAGUUAACUUCAUUGAGUGGUGUGGCACAAAAGAAUUACUUCAACAUUUUGGAUAAAAUCGUUCAAAAGGUUCUUGAUGACCACCACAAUCCUCGCUUAAUCAAAGAUCUUCUGCAAGACCUAAGCUCUACCCUCUGCAUUCUUAUUAGAGGAGUAGGGAAGUCUGUAUUAGUGGGAAACAUCAAUAUUUGGAUUUGCCGAUUAGAAACUAUUCUCGCCUGGCAACAACAGCUACAGGAUCUUCAGAUGACUAAGCAAGUGAACAAUGGCCUCACCCUCAGUGACCUUCCUCUGCACAUGCUGAACAACAUCCUCUACCGGUUCUCAGACGGAUGGGACAUCAUCACCUUAGGCCAGGUGACCCCCACGCUGUAUAUGCUCAGUGAAGACAGACAGCUGUGGAAGAAGCUGUGUCAGUACCAUUUUGCUGAAAAGCAGUUUUGUAGACAUUUGAUCCUUUCAGAAAAAGGUCAUAUUGAAUGGAAGUUGAUGUACUUUGCACUUCGGAAACAUUACCCAGCGAAGGAGCAGUACGGAGACACGCUGCAUUUCUGUCGGCACUGCAGCAUUCUCUUUUGGAAGGACUACCACCUUGCUUUACUAUUCAAGGACUCAGGACACCCCUGCACGGCGGCCGACCCCGACAGCUGCUUCACGCCUGUGUCUCCGCAGCACUUCAUCGACCUUUUCAAGUUUUAAGAGUUGCCCCUGCCAUCCCUGUUGGAGAUUGUGCAUCAUGCUGUCUGUGCAGGGCUCAUAGUGAGUGUUCUGUGAGGUGGGGGGAGGCUCCUGGGAGGCCCCUGCUUCCAGAAAGCUUGGGAAGAACUGCCCUUCUGCACAGGGGGAGUGCAUGGUUGCAUUUUCAUCAUUGAAGGUCAGAGGCCAAGGAAAUCGUUUCUACUUUAAACUGUUCUUCUAAGCAUAUUAAAAUGUGAAAUUUUGCAUAUUAUAUAUAUAUAGUUCAAAAAUGUUUCAGGUGGUCAGCUCCACAUUCUUUGUUAACCUGACACUAACAGCCAAUAAUAUGCUUCUUAACUGUCAAAUUACAGUUUCCCAAUUUUAUACUAAUUGGGGGUGGGUGACAAAACAGUUGAUCCUUGUAAAUACAUUGUACAGAAUAUUUAUUUUUUCUCAAAAUGCAUUUUAACUACUACAUUGGCUGUGCCCAGAUGAGUCCUCUUUGAAUAGAAAGUGAACCCAGGGCAAUGAUAGCCAUUCUUGUCUUAGGGCUUAUGGAUCGGGGUAUGAAUUGUGCACACACAGCCCAACAACGGGCAGUGGUCUCUGUGGUCCUAAGGCAUCCAGCACAGGUUCUGGCAAGGGUACCCCUGCUCGGGGUGUGGGCUGGUCUGUGCAUAAUCCCGGACUGUGAUGGCAACAGCCCAGUGCAGUCUGAACUUCAGUUGUGUUGAAACUACUUUAAUAGACAAAGUAAUAAAUGAUGUUUAUCUAUUGAUACAAACCAUCAGUUUUGCAUCCUACUGAGAAAUGUUGUUAGUGAUUUUGAUAUUUAAAUCCUUAAAAGAUUGUUUUGUUUUUAAAAUAACGCAUGUCCAUUUUAGAAAAUUAGAAAAUCAGUCCCACCACCCAAAGAUUAUUGUGCAUGCUGAAAAGAAUAUGAAAAAUCCCCUCAGCAGGCAUAGGAUAGAAAUGCAUUGUUGUAUAUUUCCAUUUUCGAAUAGGGUCAAGGAACCCAAGCAAAUCAUUUCUACUUUUUUUUUCCUCUAAGCAUAAUAAAAUUAUACUUUUAUAGCUUU